GUUAACUGUUCCUGUCCACUGCUGCUCUCAAAAUUUCAAGAGGAUGACUCUCCUCCUCCUCCCAAGAAUUGCCUCUCACCAUGUCCACCACCACCAUCCCCAUAAAGCUUUUAUCCCCACUCUCUCCUUCCGUGAAUCGACUGUUCUUGCCCUCAACUCUUCCCCAAUGUCUCCCCUUGAGAAACAGUCCAGAUUUCAUGUCUUCUUCUCUGCCCACCACUCUGUGUCUGAACCUGCAGAAAAGGGGAGUUGAAGCCUCGGUUGCCUUCAACCCCUCUGGGAAUUUCGACCUGUCGUUGCAUGAUGACGAACAAGAUGAUCAAAAGGUCACCCCUCCAAUGCCACCGACGGAAGGCCGACUCGAAGUCGUGAUCGAUAAUGACAUUAUUCGGCGUCUUGACUUAUCACCAUUUCAAUCUGCCACUGGCAUAACCUCACCUCUCACAGCUGAGCCGAAGCAGUAUCUUGAACGAACCAUCGGAUUCACUAUCAACUACACCAGAGAAGACCCCAGUGAUCUUAGAGAGUUAUCCGAAUUUCCCGAUAUAAGACUUUGGUUCGUGAGGCUUGAUGCUACUUAUCCGUGGCUACCUGUGUUACUAGACUGGCGAGCAGGAGAGCUCUCCCGUUAUGCAGCAAUGUUAGUUCCCCACCAGAUGAGUAUGCGGAUGGGCGUGGUCUUCAAUCCGGAGGCGCUAGAGCUAUUCAUCAUGAAGAAGGUGGUGAUCGUAUACAACUGGUUGAAACAGCAUGAUGUUCCGAAGCCAAGACUGAAAGCGAGUGACAUGGCGAGGAUGCUUGGGUUUGGGAUUGGGGACGAACUCUUCGACUUGUUAGAUCAAACCUGAUGGGAGCAGAUACAUGCCACCUGUGAAGCUUAUUGCUCCAGGCGCUACUCUGAUUGUCGAAAGACUGAAAAAAGGUCACCUUUUUGGAAGAUACGAGUGCAAAUUGAACUUGUCAUGAAGCUCCAAAUAUAUGUGAAUAUACAUUACAGGAGAAGAAGUGCUUCGAGUCCUGGAGAUAUGACGAUGGCCUUCCAGGUUUCUUAGAAUAACCAGACCAAUUGCCAAUUGGGAAACCCGAACGAGGUUGUUCCGGGUUUCUUAAUCCGUGAUCGAUAUCCCUAAUUUUUUUUUAUCUUCCUUUUUCAUUGAUUUGGGCUAAUAUAAUCAUGCUAUUCUCGUA